GCUCGGAACUGGGCUGCGAAGGCUGUGAGCGAUGCUGCGCUGCUGACCCGUGCCGGCCGGUCCCCCACGCAUCAUGUUCCCGGGGUUACCGCCCGCGGGCUCCUGCCUAUGGGCCAGCCGCGCCUGAUCGGCGGCCGUCUCCCCGAUGCCCCCGGCCCCCCUGCCUCGUCGCCGCUGCUCCCGCCGGGGCGAAGGAGGUGGCUGCUGCUUCUCCUCUUCAUCAUGCUCGCCUUGUGGCUUUGCAUGGUCUACUCUUGCGUCGCCGGAUCGUGCACUUCAGCCGCGCCGGGGCUGAUGCUGCUGGGCUCUUCGCUGCCGUCAGCUCGGAAAGCGCCCGGUCCGGAACUCAACCAGCUGCUGCUCCCAGCCCGGACGGCUAAGGUCCAGCUGAGAGCCGAUCCGGAGAACGACGAAGACGAAGACGACGAAGAGUUGGGUGGUGGCGGCAGCAGCAGCAGCAACAACGGAGUGGCUCCGGAUUCCCCCAGCUUCAUUUCCAGUUUCCUGAAUGGCUCUGGGACGAAGCGGCUGCCCCAGGCAGUGAUCAUCGGCGUGAAGAAGGGUGGGACUCGCGCGUUGCUUGAGUUCCUGCGGGUCCACCCGGACGUUCGAGCGGUGGGCGCUGAGCCUCAUUUUUUUGAUCGCAACUACGAGCGAGGACUCACCUGGUACAGGGAAUUGAUGCCAAGGACUCUUGAUGGCCAGAUCACCAUGGAGAAGACGCCCAGCUACUUUGUCACUAAGGAAGCACCAGCUCGCAUCUCCUCUAUGUCAAAGGACACCAAGCUCAUUGUGGAUCUGGCUAUCCUGUCAGGCCUGGGGAUAAGNCGCGUCCAGGACUUUCUGGGCCUCAAGAGGAUCAUCACAGAUAAACAUUUCUACUUCAACAAAACCAAGGGGUUCCCAUGCCUGAAAAAGGCUGAAGGCAGCAGCAAGCCCCACUGCCUGGGCAAGACGAAAGGACGGACCCAUCCCGACAUUGACCAGAAAGUAAUACAAAGGCUGCGAGAAUUCUAUCGGCCCUUCAACAUGAAGUUCUACCAGAUGACUGGCCAUGACUUUGGCUGGGAUUGAUGGCACUUCCCAGAGUCAAUCCCGUCUUUCAGCUUCCUUUCCUCCUAUACAUGUAGAUAGGUCUAUAUGUAAAAUGUACAGAAAUCUAUUUUAUAAUAAUUUAUUUUUUAAUUCUUAAGCAAUUAAUUCACUAAGCUGCCUAACCCCACUGUAGCUCAUAGCUGUCUUCUUGUUUAGUUUGAACAUUCCAUCGGGCUGAGUCUCGCCAGGUUCUUCAUUGCCUGGCUUCAGCAUGUGCUGGAAAGUGCUUCCAGGUAUUUUCCCAGGAGAACUUUUAAUAUUAAAAAAUAAAUAAGGAGGGUGGGGGGGUGUUGGCGAAUAAUGGUUAAGAGACAAUGAGAAAAGCACAAUCUUUAUUAUUAUUAUAAUUAUUAUUAUACUUUGUUUUCCGAUACGGGUACUAGGCAUGUCAAAAACAAUUUUGUACAAGGCCCUUCAUAUUGCAUCUCUGGGCUUUUUCCCUUCCUAGAUCAAUCCACAAACAUUUGUAUUUUUGUUAGCUUGGAAAUAGCUCAGAAGUAAAAAAAAAAACACGAUUAAACCUCAGGCAGUUGCUUUCAUGGUUGGGCGUGGCAUAUGCACAGAAGGAAACACUCUCCAGCUAUGGAGUUGUUACUGCCUCCUGUUUCCCAUUUUAAUUGAUCAGAUCUUAGCAUUUCCCCUUAACUACAAAAGUUUUGUGACACAGUAGACUUUCUAUAUGAUUAUGUACAGCUUAUCUGAUCUUUCAUUUUUAACUUCUUCCUGCUGAAGAAAUGUGAAGUGCUUACUUGGGAGACCAGAAAUGACACAGUAUUUAAUUCUUUCAAGCUUAGUUUUCAUCCGUUACAGAAGAAGAGUGUGAAGCCUCUGUUUGUUUUCUGAAUCCCACUUUGAUUUCUCACAAUGACUGAUCAUUCCACAAGUGGCGUCCUAUCCCAUGCAACAAGCUAAUACCAUUAGCUCAUUGCUACAUUCAACCUGUAUGUUGACUGUGGCAGUGAAAUAAAGGCCUGUUUUUAUGGGGCUUUAUUUCCUCCCAAAAAUAGUUUAAAUAUAAGCACAAAAACACAAUACCAUUUGAAAUUAAUUCAGUUUACUAAAUGCUAUAGAUCAGAGAUGAGUGAACAUUUUACAAGCUUGCUGAAAGAUGCACUAGAGAUGGAUAUUCAGGAAAUGUAGUUUAUCCAAACUUCAUCAAAUAAUUCUACAAACCCUUAAGCUACUUUUUGUGUAUAUACCUAACAGCACUGUUCUGCGAUAAUUCUACAAACCCUGUCAAGAGUGAGUUUUUUCAGGGUGCUCCCAUCUGGCAGACAAAAUCCAUUGCAUAUUUAGAGAAUUGGUUACUCUUUGUUCCAUCAGAAAUUUUAUUCUCCAUAGGUGUGAGCCUGAGCGCAUUAUAAUAGAGUCAAAAUAAGUUCUUAAGGUCCCCAAGACAAAUGUGAAUCAGAAUGAAUGGGAUUAUCACUUGUAUUCUUAUCUUAAGAGAUAAUUGGAUAUAGUAAUGAAUGAGAAAAUUAUUCUGGGGGAUUCCUCAGAGGAAAACAUGGAUAGCCAUACCAAUACAUAUGCAAACACACUGGCUGAAGGCAUAGAUUUUUCUGUAAAUAUUCAUCCUUUACAUUGGGCUUCUUGGUCUUGAGGAAUUUACUACAUCUUCUGACAGAAUACAGGCUAUAAGAAGAAAGACAUUUGGAUCUCCUUCUCAUUAGAAGAUGCAGCAUAUAUGGUCACCCAUAUAUACAUCCAUUUAACUCUGAUAUUUAUUUGAUAAACAGAUGACUUUUUCAUAUGGUCAAUCCAACGGACAUCCUUUGUUCUAGAGCAUUGGAGUGAAUUUUAAUUUCUAGGCCUUAUGUUUUCUAUUUCAAAACUUUUUGAUUUUUUGGGGGGGAUGAAACUGCUGAGUGUAUGCUUGGACUUUCUGAUCUCUAUUUUGGAAUGGGUGAAGGAUACUUUCCUAGUUGCAUAAAGCAUGAUAGGUAUGGUAUCCACACACCUUGUUUUCUGUGUGUGUGCAUUUUUUUGAGUGAUGACAUUGCCAUCAAUUCACUGUUAUAAUAUUGAACUGCUAAUCGUGGCUGAUCAGCCCACUCAAUGGAAACCUUCUGAAGCCAAUUUAUUGAAGAGGCCUUACCUAAAUAUUAAAUAAAGUAGCCAAGAGAGGCAUAUAUCAUAUGAUAUUUGAACUGCAUAGAUAGUAGCCUUCAUACAUAUUGCCAAUUUUUGUUCCAUUUGCAAGAUUUGGAGGUCUAGUUAUACGUCUUUUCAACCUAUAACAUUAAUUUAUGGCUGAGUUCCAUUCAGCACUGCAGUAUGUCCUGAUAUUAGCAAUAUUUUUGAGUUUGCUAUAACAUG